CAUAAACGAGGCGACGUGGUGGGAGAGCACAGCUGUCGCCAGACCCGGAGACGCCUUCCAGAACAAACCACAGCUCACAGCUCCUCCUGUAGAUCUGACUUCUCUCCCCUCCCCCCCCCGCCCCCCCCUCAGACAACACACUGACAGCACAGAGCAGAGCGUUAACACGAGAGCCUAUGAAUAAAAAGAGGAGAAGAGAGAAGAAAAAGGGAUCAGGACAAAAAGAGAAUUGGCUCGGAAACAACGAAAAGCGAUGCGUGGCUUGUGAAUCAUCCAUCGAGUCGCGGUUAGUCUGACGAGACACGAUACGACCAGCGAGGACAGUGGAAGGACGCUGCGGUUAGCAUCCAGCCUCUGGGGGGGGGGGGGCAACGCGCCACGGCAAACGGAGAGACUGCAACAUGGAAGCUGUGACACAUGUUUAGCACAUGAGCACGCACACACACGCACGUGUCGUAGAUCGCUACAUUUUCAGGUCAUUCUCAGCCACAUGGAAGCAGUGAACAGGAGCAGGAUCGUAACACACUUUUACACACGAUGGAUGCCAGAAAGAGGAGAGCGCUGCGAUUACGACGGAAUCAGAAGACAUCCAACCACACAGAGGACUGACACCGCUCCCCAAUGAGAGUCAAAUGAUUAUGUGGAAAAUGAGCGAUCAAACGUUCCUGAAGCACUUUGCCACACGCACACCUUCCAUGACCAGCGAGCUAAUGUUUGACUUUACAACCGUCAGAGGGAAGUAGCCCUGCUGCAACAAUGCAGUGGAGACGACGCCAUUGCUGCGCGCACACGGCAAAAUUUCUCUAUCUCGUCUCACUGCUGGGUCUUCUGGUCUUCCUGGUCCACCAGGUGUGGCUGCCUAAGCUCACAGGUAAGCAGUGGGCGGGGGGUCAUCCUCUGGUGUACGGCAGUGAGGCCCUUCACACCAGUAAACCCAAAUGGAACCUGAGCGCGCCGGACUCGGCGCGACGGUUCGUCGGCGUUCUUCUCUCAUCCAACGUCAGCUCCCCCGAGAAGGAGGGUGUCCGGUCUCUUCGAGGAGUCGUGGUUUUUCAAAAAGACGGGGCCGCUAGCGCAAGUGAAGGAGGGGAUCUGCGCGCCAGUGUUACCCAGGGCCCCUUCCCUUACGUCAUCAACGAGCCGGACAAAUGCACCAACCGCAGCGCUGCACCGUUUCUUGUGCUGCUUAUAUCCACGGAGGCUCGGCAGGUGGAGGCGAGAAAUGCCAUCCGGGAGACAUGGGGGAACGAGAGCGUGGCCCCCGCCCACAGACUCAUCCGGCUGUUUCUGCUGGGGACGAAUGGAGGAGAGCUGGGACUUUUACAGCAAAGGAUGCUGGAAGCAGAAAGCCGGAGGUACCACGACGUCAUUCAGCAGGACUUUGUGGAUUCCUACAAAAACUUGACCAUAAAGACACUGAUGGGAAUGAACUGGGUGGCCGUCCACUGCCCACAAGCCAGCUAUGUCAUGAAGACGGACAGCGACGUGUUCGUCAACACAGAGUACCUCAUUCACAAGCUGCUCGGGCCAGACCAGCAGCUCAGGAAGAACUACUUCACGGGUAACAACAUGAGAGGCUAUGCACCCAACCGGAACAAAAACAGCAAGUGGUACAUGUCUCCUGAGCUGUACCCGAGUGACAAGUAUCCCACCUUCUGCUCUGGGACCGGUUACGUCUUCUCUGGAGACCUGGCGAGAAAAAUCUAUCGGGUAUCACUAAGGGUGCGCCGAUUGCAUUUGGAGGAUGUGUAUGUGGGAAUAUGCCUGGCUGAGCUCCAGAUCGAGCCCACUCCUCCACCCAACGAGUUCCUAUUCAACCACUGGCGGGUGUCUUAUUCCAGCUGCAAGUACAGCCACCUGAUAACGUCACAUGGGUUUCGUCCCAAUGAACUACUUAAAUACUGGCAUCAUCUCCAGAGUAACAAACGCAAUGCCUGCAUAAACACAGAAAGAGCAGGCAGGACACACUUGAACAGAGCUAUAUGACAGAUGACAUGCAAAUAUAGAAUAAUAUCUCAGACAAUUCUGUUCUUAACUCAACACCAGGAACUAAACCCAAAGGUCAUCCAUCUUGGAAACAUGUUAACGCUACUGCUGCAUACAUGUAUUGUGCUUUAUGCUUAGUCAAAUGUUUUGUACAAACCAGAUAAAAAACACUUAUACAUGUUUGUGUACGUAAACCAUAAUAUUUUAAUAUUGUUUCACUGUGGUGCAAAGCUCGGUUUGGCACAAUGCAAGUUGCGUUUCAUAAAUUUUGACUUGCAAAUACAGGCUGCACUAAAACUACAGUGGACAUGCUACCGUGCCAAUAAAUAUUCCCACAUCUGUAUCAAGACAUGAAAACAUGAAAUAUACUACUAGAUGUCAACAUUGUUGACAAACCCAUGAGGGCCAGGCCACUUUUUUGAAUACAAAAAAUAUAUAUAUUUCUUUGCUUUCACAAAACAUUUGACUUAACAUUUCAUUUUAAAUCACAUGUAAUAUGAAUAUGAUGACUAAGUGGGUGAAAUCUAAUAAAACAGUGUGUAACAAU